CGAAUUGGGUUUUGGAUUAUUGUUAGGCCCAGAUAGGGUUUAGAUCAAACAGCAUGAUAAUUGAUAAAUAACAAAAUAUAUAGGCAAAAGCUACUCCGAGAUUCGAAGCUGCAAAGAACGCGAAACAGUGAGAGAGACAGAGAGAAGAUAUAGAGAUGGGUGUGGAGAAGCAAGUCAUCAGACCCGGCAACGGUCCCAAACCCGCUCCGGGCCAAACCGUCACCGUCCAUUGCACCGGAUUCGGGAAAGAUGGUGAUCUAUCCCAGAAGUUCUGGAGUACAAAGGACGAGGGACAAAAACCUUUCUCGUUCCAAAUCGGUAAAGGUGCUGUGAUCAAAGGAUGGGAUGAAGGCGUUAUCGGAAUGCAAAUUGGAGAGGUUGCUCGCUUGCGGUGCUCAUCGGAUUACGCAUAUGGCGCUGGUGGAUUUCCGGCAUGGGGGAUCCAGCCAAACUCUGUUCUCGACUUUGAAAUCGAAGUACUGAGCGUGCAGUAAUGAUCUCCCCAGCUCCUAAACUGUGGGUAGAUUAUUAAACAACCCUUUAUGUUUAUUGCUUCUGGGAUCUUUAUGCAACAAAACUUUGUGAUGUCAUUGCUCUUCUAAAACUCUUGGACAACGUUUUUAUCUAAAUAAAAGAAAAGACCCGUCUCGUGUUUCAGUUGGAAUGUUUGUACUAUAUUAUGAUAUUAUUCCCGUUUUUUUAUUUUGAUUAAAA